AUGUAUCGGCAUGGUUCUGUCUGCCGUGGUCAUGCUCAGUGCCGGGCGCUGCACAUCGCCGCUAGCGUCCUGGCUAGAACGGCCUGUGUCGUGCAGCUGCAUCCUGUCGCUGCAGUUGGCGUUCUAGCUAGUGCCGUGAGCUGCGUUGUUGGGCGUCUCAAAGGCGUUCAAUCAGGUGAGCCAGAUGGAGUUCUGCUACAAAUUGUUCCCAUAGAACAUGCCCACCGUUGCCGGCUCGCUACUGUUCUGCGGCCUGGCUCUAUCAAACUACCUCAGCCCGGGCUCACUGCUCCUGUGUGUGUUGUGCACUACACGGCUGGCGGCAUCGAGGAGGAGGGGUGGCUCGCCGAGGACCUGAACAAGAUUUCACCCAAAACACAGUUUUGUAAAAGACCCUACUCAAAUUCUCCUAAUCGGGCCGGCUCCGCUCGACCCCCGCGUCGCUCCGCUUGGGCGACUCGGGGGGAAACUUCGCUCGUCGCCGGCGGCCACCUCUCGUGCGCCCCUCUCCGCCGCUACCGCUGGCCUCACCGCGGUGGCGGCAGCCCCCUGCCUCCGAAGGUGGCUCGGGGAGAUCCCGCGGCGGACGCGUGGUGCCGGGUGGUCGGGGUCGUCCCGGUGGCGACUUCUCCCGUGCUCGAAGGCGAGGGGCGCGGUGCGCGCUGGGGCAGGGUGGCGGUGUGGUGCCGCGAGGCUUGCUCGCCGGCGCCAGGGCGUGGCGCGCGCGGGCGUUCCCUCUCUGCGGCGGAUCUGGCUGGCGCGCUGGAUCCUGGCCUGCGGCCGGCUGUGGGCGUCAGGGCCGCGUUCCCUGGCGUCGCGCGUGGUGGUCGCGCCGUCUGCGGCUGCUCGGGUGGUGUGGCGGCGGGGCCAGGCCGGUGGUCCAGCCACUUCUCUCUUUCCUGCCAUAUCCAAGUCAGGGGCGGCUAGGUGUGUCCUCUGCUCCCAUCCUCCCGCGGAUCUCGCACUCCCUGACGCGCCUUGCUCGGUUCCACCCCUGUUGGCUGCUUCGGCGGUCUGGUUUUAGUCCGGCAGGCGCUCGGCCGCCGUAGCAGGAGGUUUUCCCCUCCUUGCUGUGGUGGCUCCGGUCUCAGCAGCGACGUGGCUCAGCAAAAGGGUGACGAGGGUGAUGAUACGGGCGAAAGCCCUAUGUCGGCUUCGGUCGGCAUCGGCGGUAGCGGCGCUCUGCAGCGUCGGAUCCCUCCCUGGAGGUACCGUUGUGUGAUGCAUUGGUUCCUUCGCCUACUCUGUUCGUUCUCCGGGUGAAAGCCUUAGAUCCAGCUCCUGGAUCGGACGGCAGCGGCGUCCACCACGUCGUUACCACCUUGGUGGUGCCUGUCUUCGGAGACGUUGCUCCAUGUUGCUUACCUGAGGUUUGGGUGGUGUUUGGCUGGCUUGCGGUCUGUGGUGGUGCUGCAUCUGGUGGUGUGGUUGUGCGGCCGACUGGGGUCGAUGGUGGUGUGUGUUGUGGUGGUGGUGGCGCGGCCGGCCUACGCUGGUGUGCACGGUGAAGUGAUCCAGGUGUAGACUCGGCUACUUGAUGCCCUUCGGCUUCGCCGACGGUGCCGUUGUUGUGAUGUAGACUCGGCUGCGUGUGACUCUUCGUCCGGGUGUGGACUCGGUCGCUCGUUGCCCUUCGGCUGCACCAAUAGCCUUGAGGAUUCAUGGAUGGUCUCGGUUGAUUGGAGCUCUUCGUCUACGGUGGUGGUGUUCUCGUGCGGCUCAGGUUGGUGAUGAUUGCUCAAGACUAUCUCAUGGUUACCGUUGUGUUGCGGCGAGCUUCGUGCUCUUGGUGUUGUCUCGACUCAUCUUUGCUCAAGGAUGGCGCAAGAUGCCUCUCAAACUUGCUAAUCGUUCCGUUCUUCUAUGGCGGAGCCCCAGUCAAGGUUCGUGUCUGGGAUGACACUCGUUGAUUAUGGUUGCUCCUGAGUUGUGCCAUGGGGGCCGGUAUGCCCGCCGAUGCGUUCAGCUGUUUGCAAAGUCCUGGUAUUGUGAUCUCUCGACGACACCCCACAUCUACUUGUGUCUCUCGUGGUGAUGUCUUAUGUCUGCCAGCUAGGUCAUGCCUUGUUCGGUUUUUCGGCCCGGUUUCCCUUAUAAACGGGGUCAAUUUGUUAAGGUUUUCGAUCCGGUUUUCCUUACAAACUGGAUCACUACUCAGGCUUUUUGGCCACUUUGAGCAAUA